AUGGCUGACCCAUGGGUGAUACAGCCCCAUGAACAUGCAAAAUAUGCAGAGCACUUUCGCAAUCUUGGGCCCGUCAAUGGUACACUGACCGGAGAACAGGCUAAAAGGUUCAUGUUACAGUCGCAACUCCCUCCACCGAUAUUGGGUCAAAUCUGGUCCCUUGCCGACACUAAUGCAGAUGGCAAAUUAGACUUAAAGGAGUUCUCAAUCGCUUGCAAGAUAAUAAAUUUAAAAUUACAUGGAGUGGAAGUACCGAAGGCAUUGCCCCCAUCACUCCUUGCAUCGCUCAGUCCUACUGGCGCAAAACAACAGUUUCCCCCACCAAAACCCCCUAUCCCCCCAAUGCCAAAUGUAUCCCAAACUUUAAUCGGUGGCUUACCCUCUCAACCAACUCAAUCAUUAAUCGGAGAUUUUAACCAACCGAUGCCACCAAAACCAGCGGUCCCUGAUCUAAUUUCGGGUGUGAAACCACCUGUGCCUCAACCGUUGAUGGGAAAUGGGCAAUUAUUAAUGAACUCCACUCCACCGAUUUCCAGUCAACCAAUGAUGCAACCAACUCAACCAUUGAUUCAACCAACUCAAACAAUGAUGCAACCAACUCAACCAUUGAUUCCACCAACUCAACCAAUGAUUCCACCAACUCAACCAAUAAUGCAACCAACUCAACCUGUGAUGCAACCAACUCAACCAAUGAUGCAACCAGCUCAACCAAUGAUGCAACCGACUCAACCAAUGAUGCAACCAACUCAACCAUUAAUCCCACCAACUCAACCAAUGAUGCCACCCACUCAACCAUUGAUUCAACCAACGCAGCCAUUAAUACAACCAACUCAGCCCUUAAUGCAACCAACUCAGCCAUUAGUUCAAUCAUCAUCAAUCAGUCAACCAUUGAUUAAUACAUCACAACCGCUACUUAGUUCUCAACCAUUAAACUCAACUCAACCGUUGAUGUCUCAAUCGUUAACCAGCCCACCGUCAACUCAACCAUUGGUUGGUAUAAACCAAUCUCAACCAUUGGUUGGACCAACCGCCUCAACUCCAUCAUCCCAACCCCAAAUCCCAACAGGAACAACAGUAGGAUCAAUAGUCAGUCCACCGAAACCAACAGUAACCAGUAUAGCGGGUUCGAUGCCCGUUCAGCCAGUGACAUCUACUCCAAUCACUGCGGUGAAAAGUGACUCGUUUUCAAAGCCUGGUUCUUUAGUGACCAGCCCAACAGAUGUCCCCAUGGGGGUCGUGAGUCCCCCUCCAUGUGUUGAGUGGGGGAUUCCCCAACCUCAAAAGUUGAAAUACACGCAACUGUUCAACGCGACGGACCGCGCUAAGACCGGCUCGGUGUCUGGAGCCCAAGCGCGCUCUAUCAUGUUGCAGUCGCGACUCCCACAACAGACCCUCGCUCAGAUAUGGGCUUUGGCUGAUCUAGACUCCGAUGGGAAAUUGGGCUGUGAAGAGUUCGUACUUGCAAUGUAUCUUUGUGAACGUGCAACGCAAGGGGAAGCUGUUCCCGCUAAGUUACCUAUUGAGUUGAUACCUCCUACGUUUAGACGAGAGUCAGUGUCAAGCCUAAGUAGUGUUAAAUCAUACGAAGAGAGAAGAAGAGAGAACUUAGCGAGGGGUCAAGCAGAAUUAGAAAGAAGAAGAUCUCAAUUAGCAGAUGCUCAAAUGAAAGAGAAGGAGGAAGAGGCGGAGAGAGAGAGGAAAGAAAGAGAAGAAGCAGAGAAAAAAGAGAAGUUGCGUUUGGAAGCACAGAAGAAAGAACAAGAAGAACUGCUUCGGAAACAAAAAGAAGAACAGGAAAAACGUGAAGCGGCUAGAAAGGAGAUGGAAAGGCAAUGUCAGCUCGAAUGGGAGAAGAAAAGGACUCGUGAACUAGAAGCCCUCAGGACAGAGGAGCAAAGCAAGGUCCUCUCUCUCAAAGCCAAAUCCCAGUCCCUUUCAGCGGAACUGAGUGCGGUUAAUCUGAGGGCCAGCACCCUGGCAAAGGAUAUCCGGGACACAAGGACAGCGGUGGCUGCCCAUAAAUGUACCAUUGAUUCUAUGCGUUCCGAUCGUGACGCAAGUAUGGCGGAAAUGCAACAGCUCAAAGCUAGAGUGAAAGAGUUGAAUGCUAAACAAAUUGCCUUGAAUAAAGAAAAAGCUGAGUUAGAUGCUAAGGCUAAAGUGACGGAUGGUGCAGGCGAGGACGGACAACUUAGUAUGAUGGAAGUUACCCUGAAGCAGUUACGGGAUAAGGUGGACGCGGCUAAAGCGAUAGUGGAAAGUAAGAAGUCAGAUUUGGAAAGUAACAAAACUCAAUUGGCCGAACUGAACGAAACAGUGAAUCAGUUGAGUGAGAAAUGUGAAACUGUAUGGAAAUUGUAUGAACAAAAACGAGAUGAGUAUGUUCAGAAUAGGAAUACAGCGCCCGCUGAUAGUGCUUGGGGGACCGAUGCAGAUUGGGGUACUUCAGACGAGGCGUGGGGAGAGCCGCCGGCCAAUGAGGCGCCUUGGGGAGACGCACCAGCUACUAAUGCAACAGAAACGGUGCCGGCUGUUUCUAACGCGCCAAAAUGGCGUUGUGUGUAUGAAUUUAGCGCUCGAACUGCGGACGAGUUGAGUUUGCAGCCCGGGGACUUGGUAAGUGAAGCGACUGCACCACGUGGUGAUGCAGAGCCUGGAUGGAAAUGGGGGACCGCUCGUGGCCAAUCAGGUUGGUUCCCAGAAUCGUACGUGGAAGAUAUCAAUGCGGUACAGGCUUAUGCUGAAGUAAUAGAGCCGCUCGAAAGCAAGACUCAGCUUGAAGGGAGCUAUCAAGAGCAAAGUAUAGCUGAAGUGCCAGAAGCUGAAAUUGCAAAUGACUUGGGAGGAGCAAUGCCGGCUGUUGAGGGCGGAGACUUCUACAUAGCCGCCUAUCCCUACAACUCGUCCGAACCCGGGGAUUUGGUGUUUGAAGCGGGAGAGAGAAUAGAAGUAUUGCGCCGGGAUGGCGAUUGGUGGACCGGCAGGAUCGGGAUACGCACGGGCAUAUUCCCAUCUAACUACGUGACGAAAGACACGACGACGUCUGGCGAGCCCAUGUCCAGCAUUCCUGAGGCUCGCGAACCGGAACCCGAGCCUCAGCCGGAACCCGAACCUGCACCCCAGCCUGAACCUGUACAGGAGCAAAAAUCCUCUACGCCCAUAUCAUCAGAGGUGGCAGCUAUAACCGAGUCGGCCUCGGCCUCGGCCUCCACCGGCGGGCCUCGACCGGCCUCGUCGGCUAGACGAGACUCGGGCAGAGACUCUGCGACCUCUAGACGUAAACACGAGGUGGCUCAGGCUUUAGCUAAUUAUACAGCUACAAGCUCAGAACAGCUAUCCCUAAUGAAAGGACAGCUAUUAAUAGUAAGGAAGAAAGCGGACAGCGGAUGGUGGGAGGGAGAGCUGCAGGCCAAGGGCAGGAACAGGCAGAGUGGGUGGUUCCCGGCUAGCUAUGUUAAGGUGUUACAAUCUUCGGGCAGGACGUCGGGUCGCACCACGCCGGUCAUGUCCAAAAUGGACGCCGUUCCAACAGAAACUGUUAUAGAUAAAGUAAUAGCCUUGUAUCCGUAUACGGCUCAAAAUGCGGAUGAGCUCAGCUUCGAGAAGGAUGAUAUUAUAGCCGUCACCGACCGCUCCCAGGAUCCGGCCUGGUGGCAAGGUGAACUUCGAGGAAUGACCGGAUUGUUUCCAAGCAAUUAUGUUACUAAAUUAGUCAAC